GCAAACAUUGUUCUCCUGGGACCUCGUGAGACAGCCCAGAUUGUAGGUGAACAGGUGCAGUUUGACUGCGACCUCACAGACAUUGAUGCCACCUCAAAACCAGGUGAGAGAAUUAUUUUAGGUCUCCAGGCCAUUGCAUCCCACUGGCCUGCUGGAUUGUCCACCAACACUGAAAUGCAAAGAGGCCAUCCCAUGUCAUAUUUUCGCAUACAAUAAAACACACGACCCAUUUCUAGUUCAAAGUUCAAACAAUACAAUAAAAAUGUAAAGACUUACUUCAAGCCUCACUUUCUGUGAUUUCAAAUAUACUUUACAAUUUACAAAAUUUUUUUUUUAUUGUUACCAGUUAGAAAUAUAACUGUUUGAAUCCUAUUAGUUGGAUAUAUUAGUUAGAUACAACUUAAAUAUUACUGACAACAGAACACAAAAAGAAACUGCUCUGUGGUUUCCCCAACACAUAUUUUGUUAAAGCUGUUGUGUCCAUAUCGCAAUUCUUUUUUUGUUUUAACCAGUCCCUGUCAGCAAGCCCUAUACCAUAACAUGGACGUUUCGUGCCCUGGACCAAGAAGCCGUGUCCACCGUGAUGACCGCCUUCCACCAGGGUAACCAGAAGUUUACAAUUCUGUCACCUGCGCCAGAUAAGUAUCAGGACACGCAGAGCCCCAGACUUUUGGUCCACAACCUCGUCCUGUCUGACGCGGGCUGGUACGCUUGCAGCAGCAACUUGACCACGGAGAUUGUCGGAGCUAACCUGUUGGUUAUUGGUACGUCAGUCAUAUUUUUAACAUUAUUCAGAUAGUUUUUGUAUGUCGUCAGAGACAUCAGAUAGUAUUGAGUAAUCAGGUAGAAUUGUGUACAUCAUCAGAUAGAAUUGUGUACAUCAUCAUAUAGUUUUGUCCAUUUCCUAAGUUAGCCUGUCAAUAUAUCUUCAAGACAUAACAUCCAAUUUCCUUGAUUUAGUCAACACAUUUCAUUAUUAUUGAAUAGAAAUUGGAGCAUGUAAUCAUUAUUGAAUAGAAAUUGGAGCAUGUAAUCAUUAUUGAAUAGAAAUUGGAGCAUGUAAUCAUUAUUGAAUAGAAAUUGGAGCAUGUAAUCAUUAUUGAAUAGAAAUUGGGGGUGAUAAAAUAGACAUGGGGGAACUUAAUUGUGAUAUAAUAGAGAUGGGGAAUCUCUAAUUGUGAUAUAAUAGAGAUGGGGAAUCUCUAAUUGUGAUAUAAUAGAGAUGGGGAAUCUCUAAUUGUGAUAUAAUAGAGAUGGGGAAUCUCUAAUUGUGAUAUAAUAGAGAUGGGGAAUCUCUAAUUGUGAUAUAAUAGAGAUGGGGAAUCUCUAAUUGUGAUAUAAUAGAGAUGGGGAAUCUCUAAUUGUGAUAUAAUAGAGAUGGGGAAUCUCUAAUUGUGAUAUAAUAGAGAUGGGGAAUCUCUAACCAUAUUUCCUUGCUUUAUUUUCUUUGUGUUGACCUGCUAUAUGAAUGUGACUGCCUCACUGUCUACAGGUCACCCCAAGUGCCACAAUGAAAAAGCAGAUGUUUACUUCAGAGAGAACAUUAGCCUUGAGUGCACUGUCAGUUAUGGUGGAAGUAGGCAUCCGGUUGUUGACUGGAGGUAAACAAUAUAUCAAUUCAAAGUAAAGGGUUCUCAAAGUAAAGGUUUAUGGCACUAGUAGUCCAUAAUAAGUGAUACACUUGAUGGAGAUCCAAAAAAAGAACAAUAACUUGAGGAAUUGCAUGAUGGGUGUCCUUCCUACAAUGUGGAUAAAUUCCUGCCAGUCCAUGACUCUCUACUACUUUGAGAAGCACCAUAUUAGGUUAUACUUGACAACACGUCAUAAUUUCCAUUAAUUCACCUUCUUAUAAGCUAUCCAUAUAUUGUUGUUACCAACAUUUAUUAAAAUGUGUGUGCCCAGGACACCUCAUCAUUUCACAAACUUAACAGCAUACUAAUCAGACAUGGUAACAAAAUCUGUUUUUAACAUUUUUUAUUAGGUCAAUUACACAAAAUUGACAUGCAUUUGGCUAGGCUACAGAUCUCCUAGCGUGGACAUAUACCUAAAAUAAAACUACUAAUAUCUAUAGUUGAAACACUGAUGUAGUUGAAAAAGUACUUAUAUAAAAAUGAAAUACUACAGUAUUACUAGUACCCACCCCACCAUGCAAACCAAACACACACUCUCUCUCAAAAAUACACACUCUCACAUACACACACUCUCUCUCUCACAUACACACCCUCUCUCAAAACACACACCUACCAUGAAAUACACAGGGAAGUUUUUAAAUAAUGAACCUGAAACUAAAAUUUAGACAGAAUUAGUUUACAAAUUACUGCAUAUUUCCCACCACAUAGUUCCUACCACAUAGUUCCUACCACAUAGUUCCUACCACAUAGUUCUUACCACAUAGUUCCAACCACAUAGUUCCCACCACAUAGUUCCCACCACAUAGUUCCCACCACAUAGUUCCCACCACAUAAUUCCCACCACAUUGUUCCCAACACAUAUUUCCCACCACAUAGUUCCCACCACAUAGUUCCCACCACAUAGUUCCCACCAUAUAGUUCCCACCACAUAGUUCCUACCACAUAGUUCCUACCACAUAGUUCCUAUCACAUAUUUCCCACCACAUAGUUCCCACCACAUAGUUCCUACCACAUAGUUCCUGCCAUAUAUUUCCUACCAUAGUUCCUAUGCAAUCAAGUGGCUUUUCCUGAUAGCUAAACAUUAAAACAUCCAUAUUUUGUCAUCUUAAAUUUAAAUGAUUAGAUGUUGCAAACAUAUUUUGUAAAUAAUCACACAUAGACCACAGAGUGACCAUACAUACACCAUGCAUUGACCAAAGAGUGACAAACAUUGGCCUCAUAGCGGGACCACAAACUGCCAUUCAUUUACCACAUAUUGACCUUCCAGUAACCACAGAGUGACCAUACAUUACACCAUGAAUCGACCGCACACUGACCACUUUGAUUUGACCACACAGGUUUGGCAGCCUGAAGCUCAACUCGACAUCAGAGAUGGAGGAGAACUCCACUUCCCUGAAGGAGAGACUUGUGCUCCAGGCCAGCGACAAGAUUCGCGGUCACAUCUACCACUGCAACGUCCACUACCCUGGUCUCAUCACUGUGGAGUGCCUGGCCCUGCCGGCCAUACAAGUUUACAGUGAGAAUGUUGUGCAUUUGAAACCAAUGCUCACUUAUCUUUAAAUUGUCUUUUCGAAAUUUCUUUAAGAGCAGCCAUUCAUUUGCUAUUUUGUACGAGUUUUAUUUUUCCUAUACAGGAGUCUCUAAAUAAAAAAAAAUUAUUAAAUAUAAUUUUGGGAAUUUGGGUUAAUGAUACAGGUUCAGUCUUAACACAUGCGAUUUACAUUGAUAGGACUUCUUUAGAUACAGGUUCAGUCUUAACACAUGAGAUUUACAUUGAUAGGACUUCUUUAGAUACAGGUUCAGUCUUAACACAUGAGAUUUACAUUGAUAGGACUUCUUUAGAUACAGGUUCAGUCUUAACACAUGAGAUUUACAUUGAUAGGACUUCUUUAGAUACAGGUUCAGUCUUAACACAUGAGAUUUACAUUGAUAGGACUUCUUUAAAACAAAAAAAGUCAUUUAAAUGUUUUCAAGAAUCCCAAAUAAAACUAUGCAUUUUACCUUGCUUACCUAGUGUGCAUUUUACCUUGCUUACCUAGUGUGCAUUUUACCUUGCUUACCUAGUGUGCAUUUUACCUUGCUUACCUAAGGUGCACUUGCAUAAUCCCACACAUAUUCACUUGAUUGUUAGCCCAAUCUAUAUCUGAGUUUUCUUUCAUGCGCCCAUGUGUUAACUGUGACUAAGAUUUUUUUUGUGUUUUUGUAAACCAGGUCCAGCUGAGGUCAUUGCCGUCCAUGUGUUCCCUGUGACCAGACACAAUGACUUCCCUCUAGGCACAAAUGUUGUACUCAAGUGUAUCAGUAGAGGAUUUCCAGGUGAGUCAUUGAAAACAGUUUCUUUCAUACAGCUCAGUACGACGAAAUUCUCACAUAUCAUAGUGUUUAUUAUUAGUAAUAAAACACUGCAAUCAGGCUAGCAAAAAAAGGAAAUGAUUAAAACCUGAAAAAGGACCGCAACUAAACAACGAACAUGUCAGCAGGAAGCCUUUGUCGGCGAACAAACAUUAGAAAAAACAGAAUAAAAUUUAAAAAAUAGCACUUAGCUGAGAAGUCGUAUCCAAGAGGCCACCCAAGGAAUUCUUUGUUGUCUUGCUUUCCUUUUCAUCCUUUCAGGGCUACUAUUUAUUGGUGCAACACAUAUUUUAUCUUUUAUUCAGCCAUAAUUUUUAGAUCAUCGUUUACUUAGCUGUAAAUUAUUAGGCUAUCAUUAAUUUAAUCACAAAUUAUUAGAUUAUCAUUUAUUUUGUUAUAAAUUAUUAGUUUAUCAUUUAUUUAGUUAUAAAUUGUUAGGUUAUCAUUUAUUUAGUGAUAAAUUAUAAGUUUAUUACUCAUUUGGCCAUCAUUUAUUUCCUUUGGUUUAUGGGAAGGUAAAAGAAUAUAUCCUGCAAAAUUGGAGUGAUUUAUUGUGGAUUGGUUUUUUACUUUCAACUGUAGAAUCUUUGAUAUUAAGUACGGGAAAAAACACUCAAGCUAACUUGUAUGAUCUGUUUUCAAUAAGAUGUCUGAUAUGUUUUCAAUAAGAUGUCUGAUCUGUUUUCAAUAGAUGUCUGAUAUGUUUUCAAUAAGAUGUCUGAUAUGUUUUCAAUAAGAUGUCUGAUAUGUUUUCAAAAAGAUGUCUGAUAUGUUUUCAAUAAGAUGUCUGAUAUGUUUUCAAUAAGAUGUCUGAUAUGUUUUCAAUAAGAUGUCUGAUCUGUUUUCAAUAAGAUGUCUGAUCUGUUUUCAAUACGAUGUUUGAUAUGUUUGUCAAUAAGAUGUCUGAUAUGUUUGUCAAUAAGAUGUCUGAUAUGUUUGUCAAUAAGAUGUCUGAUCUGUUUUCAAUAAGAUGUCUGAUAUGUUUUCAAUAAGAUGUCUGAUAUGUUUUCAAAAAGAUGUCUGAUAUAUUUUCAAUAAGAUGUCUGAUAUGUUUUCAAUAAGAUGUCUGAUAUGUUUUCAAUAAGAUGUCUGAUAUGUUUUCAAUAAGAUGUCUGAUCUGUUUUCAAUAAGAUGUCUGAUAUGUUUUCAAUACGAUGUUUGAUAUGUUUGUCAAUAAGAUGUCUGAUAUGUUUUCAAUAAGAUGUCUGAUAUGUUUGUCAAUAAGAUGUCUGAUAUGUUUUCACUAAAUGCUGUGAUUAAACGUAAUAGAUCUCACCAGGAAAACUGUUUCCCAACUUAUUUAAAUAUUCUCCCCUCCUAAUGUAUCUUCCUGAUGUGCUCCACAGUCCCCACCUACUCCUGGAGCUUCAUACCAGCUGGGUCAGACAAGAACACUGAGAUGUUGGCUUACAGCAGCCAGUUCACCAUUGACAGCUUUGCAGAGGAUCAUGCUGGGACGUAUGUGUGUCACGUGACCAAUGAGAUCCUGGUCAAAUCCAGCGGUCCUGGGAGCUAUGACAAUCUGGAGACAUUCCUGCACAGCCGCAACGUGACUCUUACCGUAGCUGGUUGGUACAUUUUGAUGGUCAAAAGUUUAAUAUUUUUGUUCAGAUACUCAAAAAGAAAAUUUGAUUUCAGUCAAUCGUUUCUAUCAACUAUUCUUUAUUUAAUCUAUGCCAAUGAAUCUGAACUAGGAGACUUAAAGAUGCAAACAGGCAGUGGUGAAUUCUGAUUUUUUUGCCUUUACAAACUCCUUUUCGUUGUUAAUGUCAAUUAAUUUUUCCAAAAAUGUACAAAGCAUUUGUUAGAAGCUUAAAAGUUAGACUCAAACCCACAGCAUAAGGCAUGAGAGACGAGUUACCUUGCUACUGGAACAAUCAAAUCUAAGGAAGGUCUAGAGAAUCUAAAUGUCGUUGUUUGGGGCUCACAUGUUGUCAUUCAUAACUAGAGCAGGUGUUUUAGCGGUGCUGAACUGAAAUAAAAUUAUUACAACUUGUGACUUAACUGUUUAACCCCUGCACAAUGAUUGAUGGCCAUUUUGUCCACAGAAACAGUGGAUGUCGAGGGUCCAAAUGCCGCCUACAUAGUCGGAGGCAGCAGCUCAGGUCAAGUGGGACCCCAAGUGGCGGACACGAGCAUGCGUUGUGAGUACCUGGCUUCUUUCUCAGACUGCCCGGCUGUCUCUUUCCUCCAAAUUUUUUCUAUGUCAAUAUUACGGCAAGAUAAUGUCACAAGAAAUCAUUGAAUAAUCCUGCCUUUCUUGCGAUUAAUUUUAAAAAUGUUAUUAAUUAAUGGAAAAUGAUUUUAAAUUCAUGUGAAAAUUAAUUAUUAAAUCUAAUAAUCGGAAUACUCGGGAAAAAUAAUAUUUUAAAAUCACUCUAAAAUAUUUAAUGUCUCUCUAAACUUUAUAUGCUAUCUUGACUUUGUGAAUAUUAUUUUCAUAUUUUCCCUCUGACAAAUAGCAUUGGGUUUAGUUUUAAAUAAUUUUAAAUAUGUUGGGAGCAAAAUGUUCAAUAGAAGGUAUGACAUAAAUUUCUUCUUUGAGAUGAAAAAUAUUUGAGUUAAAAAAUAGUUAGCUUUAUCUUUAAAAAUAAAUAUUUAAUCUUUACUUUUGUUUAAUCCCCCUAAUUGUUUAAUUUUCAUUAUUUUAGUUUUUUGUUUUUUAUUUCAAUUAAUUCUGUGACAAUAAACUAAAGGAAGGUAAUUAAACGUAAUGUUUUCAUUUUAGACAUUUAAAAAUUUUUUUUAAAUUUUCUCUUACAAGACCAUCUAAGAAUAUUCUAUUUGAUUGUGACCAUUAACUGUACCAUUUGCCUACUGUAUUCCUUUAGUUCUGAAAAAUCUCCUUAAAAAAUAAAAAAUGAUUUUAGUAAAUGUUACUGUUGCCAUUGUAGUUGUUUAUUUUGAAGAAAUAUCAAUUUAUAAAGUGAUAUUAUCUUCUGGUUUUAAGAUCAAUUUAUAAAGUGAUAUUAUCUUCUGGUUUUAAGAUCAAUUUAUAAAGUGAUAUUAUCUUCUGGUUUUAAGAUCAAUUUAUAAAGUGAUAUUAUCUUCUGGUUUUAAGAUCAAUUUAUAAAGUGAUAUUAUCUUCUGGUUUUAAGAUCAAUUUAUAAAGUGAUAUUAUCUUCUGGUUUUAAGAUCAAUUUAUAAAGUGACAUUAUCUUCUGGUUUUAAGAUCAAUUUAUAAAGUGACAUUAUCUUCUGGUUUUAAGAUCAAUUUAUAAAGUGACAUUAUCUUCUGGUUUUAAGAUCAAUUUAUAAAGUGAUAUUAUCUUCUGGUUUUAAGAUCAAUUUUUAAAGUGACAUUAUCUUCUGGUUUUAAGAUCAAUUUAUAAAGUGAUAUUAUCUUCUGGUUUUAAGAUCAAUUUUUAAAGUGACAUUAUCUUCUGGUUUUAAGAUCAAUUUUUAAAGUGACAUUAUCUUCUGGUUUUAAGAUCAAUUUUUAAAGUGACAUUAUCUUCUGGUUUUAAGAUCAAUUUUUAAAGUGACAUUAUCUUCUGGUUUUAAGAUCAAUUUUUAAAGUGACAUUAUCUUCUGGUUUUAAGAUCAAUUUUUAAAGUGACAUUAUCUUCUGGUUUUAAGAUCAAUUUUUAAAGUGACAUUAUCUGCUGUUUUUCUUUUACAUUUCUGCUUAUAAUAUUAAUUUUAGCUUUCCUAUGUCUGGACAUUUUUCUUUAAAAGCGUAUCAAUUUUUGGAUGUCUUUCAUCUUGCUUGUGCAUACCAGUAACCAUUCAACAGUUCUUUGUGACAUCAAUGGAGAUGCCCAACCUAUCCUUAGAUAUUGAAAUUCAAAAAAACCUAUUGAUUGCCGUCUCAAGAUAAAUUAUUGUAAAUAUGUAGUAUACAUUUAUACAAUUUUUUUUUUUUUUUUUAUUGUUGCCAUGAAAUCUCAAAUUUUCAUUAUAAAGCCAUAAGAUAGUUUUAAAAAAAGCUAACUUUAGUUGUUUGAUCGUGUCAGUAGAAAUGGGGUCCUCUCCACGUGUCAAACUAAGUGUCAUGGUCACACACACACACACACAGUGUUUGUUGACACACUGUUUAGUUGUUGGUGAAACCUUUCAUCUUUAGGUGCAGACAAUCUUCAAACUUGUAACAGUAAAAUAUAAGUUUCAGAUUUUACAAUUUUUAAAAUAUAUUUAAUUAUUUAAAAAAAAAAAGUCUUUACAGUUAAUUUAAUUGUUUAACUUUGAAUAUUUCACUGAAUAAUCAAAUUGAAAUCUCCCAAAAAAAAAAAAAAAUCGUUUUAUACUCAUCACCUGCUUGAUUUGGUAGCCUCAACAGUAGAAAUCUGAGAUAAACCAGUAAUGCAUUGAAAUUGUCAGACCGGUGUGUCCAGCCAUCGAUGUCUUUGUUAUGUUUGUUUCAUCUCCUAUGCUUGCAGACUCCUACCGUGCCAGACCCAAUACCUCUCUCUGUAAGUGUGCUGUUUCUCGACUUGUUCUCCUAGCCGUGUCCCCUCACCGCCUCAACCCUUCCACGCUCAGUUAUGCACAGAGUAGCCACCUGUAUAAAUUCAUAAUUUUUUUAGCAUCUGCCAUUUAGUUCUGUAUGGCUUGGACUGAUAUGCCCGGUGGCCUCAAUGGCUCUUAGUGACACUUGUCCCAGAAAGUAAAUAAUAUUUACAUACAGAGUUUACAUACAUUAAAUUUUGAGCUUUCCGUUUUUACAAGCUAAAAAUAGAUUUCUUGAACGCAUUGAUGGAUAUUUUGAUGUAAAGCUAAAGAAAUGUGUCUAAAUUUUUUUGACAGUUUACAUUACAGACUGGAUUUCUUUGUGACUGUCAAAAAUAUUAAUUAAUUUUUAACGCUAAUGUGAAUUAAUGUCAUAUUCAAUUCGAAUCGCUCUUAUUUUUCACCCCGGCUGUUUGAGCUAAACACAAAAUGAGACAGACUUUGUCUUGCUGUUGUUUGUCUGUACGAGGUUACUGUGUUGACUGUUGGUGUUCGAUGGUGACACCCAUUCAUUUGUAAACUUGUUUGUAGCUGUAUAUUAUUUUACUGUUGAAUUUCAUAACAAGAUGUAAUUUUUGUUUGUGCCUGCACAUUGGAUAGGAGGCCACCAAGUGUCUCGUGUAGGGAGACACUCAUCAAUACAUUGUACAAGACAUAAAUCCAUGUUCAUCAAUGAAAAGUCCAUAAAAGUUUCUUAUUACAAGCAAACACAAACCCAUGUAAAUUGGCCAUGUCUUUUACCACAGAUACCACAAGGACAAACCCAUGUAAAUUGGCCAUGUCUUUUAACACAGAUACCACAAGGACAAACCCAUGUAAAUUGGCCAUGUCUUUUUACAAAUGUACCACAAGGCAUACAAAUAUAUACCUACCCAAGCAUGCAAUAUUGAGAUCUAUCAACUAUUUUUUUUUUAAAUUUUGACCAAAAACUGCCUCAGACACAGCUUGUAUAACCAACACAUUGCAACGUGUUUUUGAUGUCAACUUUCCAUGAAAUGUUUCUUUGAUAAGGUCAUUAUGCAUACCACCGGCUUAUUCAAAAACAUAUUGAAAUUAUUACUUGGUUGCUGCAUGGCUUACAUAGUACCCGCACUAUUUUCAUUGGCUGAUUGUGUAAAACUGUUUAUGAUCAGCUUACCAUUAUAAUCUUUUUUUAAAACAAAAUUUAAACAAGUGAUCUGACACUAUUAGUGUAUUGAAUAUGUGAUGUUUGUUCAGAGUUCUUCAAGAUUGUAUUUGAAUACAUCCAUGGAAGUGGCUUCAUUGAAUGGUUUUUCUAGACAUACAAUUUGUUGGGGUUUUUUUUAGUUUUUUUUUUUUUUGUUGUUGUUUAAACUAUUUUUAUGUACUUGCAUGCUGAUUGCUCUACAGUAAGUGUAGUCUUUACAUGCUUGUAACCAAUUAAUCUUCUAGAAAACAAUUUGAGGAAAUACAAGUUUUGAUACAACAUUCAACAAUGCUCAUUUUAAAAAAAUGCAUUCUAGUACAUAUCCAUCAAUAGAACUAUGUCUUUUGUAUAAAUUUGUUUAUAUUUUAUCAUAGUGUUAAGCUGAUCACAUAUUUUUAUACUGCCCCAGCUGUUGAACAAAUGUUUUUAUACUGCCCACAGCUCUUGACAUUUCUCUUGUUUUCUUACAGUUUCUCCAUACGCCAUAGGGGCAGUAAUCAGUGCUGGUCUGGCUGUGCUGCUCAUCAUUGUGUUCGUCUUCAUGGCAAUGAGAAUGAAGGUAAAAUUUAUUGCUGUAAAUGAAGUUAUCAGUUUUAGGUGUAAAUGAAAGUAUCAGUUCUAGGUGUAAAUUAAGGUAUCAGUUCUAGGUGUAAAUGAAGGUAUCAGUUCUAGGUGUAAAUGAAGGUAUCAGUUCUAGGUGUAAAUGAAGGUAUCAGUUCUAGGUGUAAAUGAAGGUAUCAAUUCUAGGUGUAAAUUAAGGUAUCAGUUCUAGGUGUAAAUGAAGGUAUCAGUUCUAGGUGUAAAUGAGGGUAUUAGUUCUAUGUGUAAAUGAAGGUAUCAGUUCUAUGUGUAAAUAAAGGUAUCAGUUCUAGGUGUAAAUGAAGGUAUCAGUUCUAGGUGUAAAUUAAGGUAUCAGUUCUAGGUGUAAAUGAAGGUAUCAGUUCUAGGUGUAAAUGAGGGUAUCAGUAAUCAGUUCUCUGUGUAAAUGAAGGUAUCAGUUUUACGUGUAAAUGAAGGUAUCAGUUCUAUGUGUAAAAUCAAUUCUACUUUUUAAGUCUAUUUAAGUUUAUUAACUAAAGAAAAUUGUGCACUGUUGGGUUGGAGAAAGUUGGUAUGACUGAUGUUCACAACUGCUCCAAUUUCAAAUCACAGUUAUUCCAAAACACCUUUACCAAAUGUGCAUUUGGACCUUCACCUAUGACUCCUUGGCUUGUGAGGUACUUGGCAUAGACAAGGGCUAAGGAGAAAAGGACACAUUCAAGUGGUCGAAUUCUCUAUUCCAACUUCCUUUCUAACAUUUCUCACUCUGAAUAAGAAACUACAGUCCAAGAAGUACAGCUCUAUAAAAACCUGCACUUGAAGAAGCCCAUUCUUAAGACUGAUUUCCUAAAUGGCUCUGGUGCCAACUUUGAUUUGGGAACUAUUUUAGCUCCAGAUUUUCUUUUCUUGUGCAGCAGGUUCUUGUAAAUAUGACAAACAAAAUAUGAUACUGGGUUGGCUUAAAUAUCUGUUAAGUUGGACUAAAUAUAUAUUUUUUUAAAAACUAAUCGGAUAAACAAUUUUUUUUGGGAGGAAUUUUUUAGAAUAACAUUAAAAAUAUCGUCAUUUUGUUUAAUUCUUUGCAGAAACGGGAGAAGAGAAUGAGAGAGAAGAUCGCCAGAGCGCACGAUGAAAAUUUGGAUGAUCAAGAGGUGGAGUUACUGGAUGAGAGUACACAACCAAAUACAGAAUAUUUAGUAUGUGAUACUGGUGGUGAUGGUGAUAGUUAAGUAGGAGACCAUCACAAAAUAGAUCAAUAGAUGUAGUUUACUAAUGGCUACGGUUGUAGUGCUUCUAACUCAGGUCUGUCUGAUACAGAGAUUGUUGACCAAAUGCGGUGAGACCUUAGGGUCACUCUGAUACAGAGAUUCUAUAUAAAUUUGGUCAGAUCUUAUGCUCCAACCAUGGUCAGACAUAAGUGUCACUCUGGUACAGAGAUUAUUGAUGAACUCGGUGAGACGUUUGGGUCACUCUGAUACAGAGGUUAUUGACCAACUCAGUGAGACAUUUGGGUUACUCUGAUACAGAGAUUAUUGACCAACUCAGUGAGACCUUAGGGUCACUCUGAUGCAGAGAUUCUAUACAAAAUUGGUCAGACCUUAGGCUCCAACCAUGGUCAGACCCAAGGGUCACUCUCUUGCAGAGAUAAUUGACCAACUCUGACGGGCAGUUAUGUUGCUCUGAUACAGAAUUUAAAAUACUAAUAUUGCUGUAACAGUGGCAUACUAAGAAGUUGAUCUGCAUGGUCCCAUCAUAACUAAAUAGGAAUAUUGUAAUGUAGAGAGCAGUCAACUUGACUGACACAUCAGGUCAACUUGACUGACACAUCAAGUCAUCUUGACUGUCACAUCAGGUCAACUUGACUGACACAUCCGGUCAACUUGACUGACACAUCAAGUCAUCACAGCUUUUUGCAGUUGUGAUGAGUGUAUACAUUAGCCUUGCCAUCUUUCUGUUGGAUGAUCUUCAUGUUGUAGAUGUGGUUUUGAAGACAAUUUGAAUGACAGGUGAGUUCUGUCAGGCUUGCACAGGACCAGCAAUGAUGUGACAGCGGUGGUGUUAGAUGUCAUCAUGACUUUUUAGAUAAACCGGGUCAUCUAGAAUCAUUGGCCAAGACUGAGAGGUUUAUUACUCGUGCAAUUAAUAUGUGGGAUUAAUUGUUGAUUGUAAUCAGAUGCUUCUAACCAUUUCACAAAUAUUUUUUGUUUAUAAUUUGAUGGUACAUCAUAAAGAUCUAAUCAAGAUUGAAAUAUCAAAUUAAGUUAAUAUUUUAACCAAAUAUUUUCUCUUUUAAAAAAAGCAAGUGGAAUCUUUCUUAUCAUGGUGGAAUCUUUCUCAUCAUGGCGCUUUGAUUAAAAAUAAUUUUCUCUCUUAUGGAAAUUAAAAAUUAAAAAUAAUUUCUAGACCUAAAUUUUUGCAUACGAGUGCUAAGUAUUUAAAUGAGAUUGUAGAUUAUGACUAAAAAAAAACUGCACAAAUAUUAAGGAGCACUUCUUUAAUCAGAAGCGGUUAACAACAAUUAUGUUUUGAUAAAUGCAACAUCUCCUAACAUCACCUUGCUUUAUUUACAACAUUUAUAACUGCCGCGAGACAAUUGUGUUUUGAGACGUGCAACAUCUCCUAACAUAACCUUGCUUUAUUUAUAACAUUUAUAACUGCUUUUAGAUGUAGACCUAGUGGCAUUUAUUCAUCUUACCUGUAUUCCUGGCAGAAAUUAUGUUGUCUUAAAUAAUAAUUUGUUUUAUAAAAAGUCUGUUCUGACUUGCAGAAUUUUCCUACCGGUAAUAAUAACAAAUACCAUUUUUACUGUUUUGCUGUUGGCACAAAAAUGUCAGGAUAUGUCAGAUGCAGCUCAUCAGAUAUUUCUAUCAGUUCUCCUCUAAUAUUACAAUAAUGUAACACACCUGUUGAUAAUCAAGUUAAAAAUGGAUAGAGAAUUUUAUUAUUGUCCUUUUUUUUUUAUUAUUAAAUUUUACAAAAAUCUCCCAUUUGACAUAAAAUCUCCCAUUUGACAUAAAAUCAACCACUUACUUGACAGCCAACAGAAUAUUCUCGGCUCAAGAUGAGCUGGGAAAUUCCCCGAAAGGAUGUCCGUCUUCUGGAGCAGAUUGCCCAGGGGGCUUUUGUCCAGGUCUGGAAGGGAAGGAUGAGGAGGUCCCCAGGAUCUACUGAUGUCAUGAGGGUCAUCAUUAAAAAGCUACAAGGUAAAGGUCAUUUACUUUACAUCAAACUGAAACUUGAUACAGUGAAAUGCACUUGAUGACAUGACUUUCCCCGGUUUCUGCGCCAGGUGGUUUGUUUUUUGUGAAUUAAACAAGGAAUUACUCUGAGAGCUGUAAUGUUUAUUUAUUCUAUUUGGGCUUUAAAAUGAAUUAUUUUAAGUCAAGAAUAGAAUCUCCCUUACUGAUAAAAUGCUUGAAAUAAUGAUGUAUUUUUAUAGUUUUCAAGGAAGAAAAUCAAAUCUAAGCAAUGGUAACUAAUCUAAUAAAAAAUUAUUUUUUUCAAAGUAAAUUAAAUCUAUAAAAAAUUCUGACCAAAACCAUUUUUAAAUACCAGACAACAUCACAAUACGUGUGUGUUGUUAGGAUCUUUGUUUGAUUAUGUAAUUAAAGCCUAAGGUUAGUUGUAGAAAAUAUUUCCUUUUUCAGAUAUUGUUGUGAUUUUGAAGACAAACUCGAUAAACUUAUCAAAGCUUGGCAUCUUUCCGUAAAGAUUUUCUAGGCCAUUGAUUGGCUGAAACCUAAAUAAUUUCAAAACUGUAAUAUUAUUAAAUAUUUUCAAUAUUGUUGUAAGUCAGUAGAAGUUUAAUUUUGUGGCAUUUGGUUUCUGUAAAUACCUGAUGAAGGUUGUGGAUUUGAAGAUAAAAAAAUUUAACAAAUUGAAUGCAAAUUUCCCUUAAACUAGUCGAAUUAAAAUAUUUGAAUUGGUCGUAUUUUCUGUUCUGUUUGCCUCUCAGGUGAAGCUAGUGACAAAGAAAGGCAUUUCUUCACAGCUGAGCUGGAGGUUCUCAAGAUGUUGCCGGCCCACGCCAAUGUUAUAAGACUGGUUGGAAGUUACACAGCCAAUGGUGAGCCAUGUCUCACUCUAUCAUUCAUAAACCCCCACCCCUGUAAAAGUUUGAAUAUCUUUAUAUGAACUUAAUUUAUUCUGUGUAGACAUUACUUGGAUAAGAUCAUUUCUGUUUAGUUGAGAGAUGUUUUUUUUUUUUUUAAUUUCAUAAAUUUCAACAGUUCAAACCCUCCGGUUUAUGCUAAAAUAAAAAAAAAUAAAAAAAGGCUGUUUUUCUAGAAGAUGUUUGUGGGGCCUAAAGAUAAUUUCAUGUGAACUAACAUUAUGUUUUGGUGAAAUAAGAAUUAAUUAAAAAUGUACAUUAAAAGGAAAAGAAAUAAAACAAUAAUGUUAUAAUUGAAAGCUUAAAGAAAACAGUUUACCCAUCUUAAUGUAUGUUAAUUUUUAAGUUCAUGAUUAUGUUUGUUAAAUUGUAUGUAUAGCGUGGUGGGCUGGGGUAUUGUGCUAUAUAAAGCCACCACUAAUAAUAAUAAUAAUAAUAAAAAUAAUAAUAAUAUUAUGUCGUGUAGUUAAAAGAACUGUUAAAGGCAAUGUUCUGACUGCGGCAUUUAAUUUAUCUUCAGCUAUUCACACAUUUUUUUAUAGUUGGGGACACCCCCACCACUUAAGACAUUAUAUUUCACCUUGAAAAUAAAAGAGUUGAUAGACCCCAUAAAUGACCCCUAAGAUUGCACACCACAAGUUGCACACCACAGUCCCUCAUCAAAGAAAUAGCUGCUCAGAUUUGAUGCAGAGACUGAAUCUUUCAUACAAUGCCAUAAAAACAGCUGUGUCUCAUUUCAUGGCAUUUAUUCCAUCCCCCCCCCCAACCCCCCUCCAGAGCCCUGGUUGAUGAUGAUGGAGCUGGCCAGUGAGGGGACACUGCAGCAGUUCCUACAGCGCCACUGUCCGGGACACCAGCAGGUCAUGAUAGGCAGGGGAGAGAAGCCCAGUGUCAGCUUGACCAAGAAGCAGACGCUGACAUCCCAAAAAUUACUUGCUCUUGCGGCCCAGGUUGCCAGUGGAUUAGACCACUUGGAAAAAUUUAAGGUGAGGAUAACUUAAGCAUCCUAAAACAAUCAUGACAGAUAUUUUCGUUCUUAAAAAAUUAUAAAUCUGCUUUUUUAAAGUCAUUGUAGAGCCAUGUAAAAUUAAAGCAAGUAGUUUUAAAUUCCCAUUUUAGUCCCUGAAGUCAAUUAAGUGAUAAAUUCUCACGACAAGGUGAUAAAAGUCAGUUCUGACCUGAUUAUGACUCUGCAAGUUAGUACAAUAAUUGAAACUUUCCUACGACUGUCUUUCAGCUGAUCUACUACCGACUGCGUUCGUGUAAGAUUCUUGUGGCUAAAGGUGGCAUCUGUAAGCUGUCUGGAUUUGGAUUCCCCAACGAGAUGACUGAGAGGAAUGUGUAUGAGGCUGUAAGUACAUGAGCUCUUUGAGAGGAAUGUGUAUGAGGCUGAAUGUACAUGAGAUCACUGAGUGGAUUGUGCAUGAGGCUGUAAGUACAUGAGAUCACUGAGAGGAAUGUGUAUGAGGCUGUAUGUACAUGAGAUCACUGAGAGGAUUGUGCAUGAGGCUGUAAGUACAUGAUGGGAUUGUCUAUGAGGCUUUAAGUACAUUUAGGAUUAAUUUGUGUCCAGGUUUUUAAGUGUAACCAAGUUUGACAACUCAAAGCUUCUUUUAAUUCACUUGUUCAUUAUGGCACACACUUUUCUUUUCUUUUUUUUGUCAAUUAAAUUUGAAAAAGAUGAAAUUAAAUUUGUUGACUUACAUUGUGUAUUGUCUCUAUGUCAGUUUAAUCAUACUUGUAAUGAACACAAAAACUCAUGCUGUUAAGGAACAGUUCAUUUUUUAAAACCAAUUAUUAUGAUGUCAAAGUAAAAUGACAAAGAUAGCAAAAGUCCAGCAAAAUUGUACAUCAUUAAGUUUUACAAAUUGAUUGAUCCUCUUGUCUAAAUUGCCUUAAAUGUCCCCAACAGAACUCAGUUCCUGUCCGCUGGACUGCCCCAGAGAGUCUACAGAGUAAUGUGUACAACACCAAGACAGACACCUGGUCUUACGGCAUUGUGGCCUGGGAGAUUUUACACUUUGGUCAGUCGACUGCCAAAGGCUCUUGUUUAGAUAUCUGUUAAGUUUUUCAAAUUACUUAAAUCAGUUGUGUUUGACAGCUGUCUGGAUGCAGUUAAAAUGUUAUUGUUUGACCUUUGGAGGGCAAUGUUAAUGAGAACAGACUAUUUAGCUAUUAAAGAAUUAACAUAAGUUUUAAACAGUGUGUGCAGGCCCAAAAUGAAUGGGAGCAGUUAAGAGUCUGCAAGAAUCACCUGGAGUGAAAUUGGAGAAAGAAAUAUAAUUGGAAAAAGAAAUAUAAUUGGGAAAUUAAAUAUAAUUGGAAUAAAAUAAAAAUUCAAGCACUGUCAUUAUAAAUUGUAAUGCCAUCUUUUGAACAGUUUGGGGUUUUGAAAAAAAAAAUGAUAUGUUUGUUUUUUGUUAUUGCAGGGAGCACCCCGUAUCCUACCAUGGGACCACACGAGGUCAUCGAGAGUGUACAGAAUGGCUUCAGGAUGCCCAAACCACAGCACUGCAGUUCUGAAUUGUAAGUUGCAGUGUCUGGAUUUCUUUUUGGUGGGAUGCAGUUAAUGAAAAUAAAUUUGAGUCAAGUUAAUUUAUCUUGUCACAUUGCAUAAUAGAAACAUUUCUAAGAUGAGUACGUGACCAAUGCAUUCUGCUCCCUUCUAGAUAUGAACUGUUGCUUCGAUGCUGGCACACCAUCCCCGAGGAGCGGCCAUCCUAUCAGGAAAUUCUGGAGGUGCUGUCCCACCUUGUGGUCAAUGCAGAUGUCCACAUUGACUUCUCCAGCCUGCCUGACCACCUCCUGUCUCUGGACACAGCCGACAGCUCUGCGUUUUGAAAGUGCUGCCCCAGAGAUGUCAUGCUGAUGUCAGCAGUGACCAGCAUGAGAACGAUUGCUGGACUGUUGAUAGUUGACAUCUGAAGCAAGUCUAGGGAAAAGUUUGUUAUUCAACACUUCAUCAAGGUUUGUGAGGAACUAACUGAAGCUAACCAUGUUUUUCUAAACUCAAGUUUUGUAACUAACUUUGAACAGAUGUCCCAAAGUCUGGGCAGACAUCAUUUUAACUAAUUUGUUCACUACUUCUGUGUCUUAAUCUCUCUUUCAACACCAUCCUGCCCCCUCCCACCCAUAACACCCCACCCCAUGGCAACAACCAUUCUCUUUCCCAACUGUUAGCUCCUAUAACAAAUGUUAUAAAAAUGUUUUCCUUAUAAAAAAAAUGUAUUGUAAAAUAUUCUCAAUGGGAUCACAUAGGCAGAAACGUUAUGGCAAGGGGAGGCAAAGCAUGGAUCACAUAGGCAGAAACGUUAUGGCAAGGGGAGGCAAAGCAUGGAUCACAUAGGCAGAAACGUUAUGGCAAGGGGAGGCAAAGCAUGGGUGAGAGUUUUGAGUGUAACCAUGGCUAGGGGGAGAUAAACAGAAGUUCCAGACAAAUGGGUGUGCAAUGUCAGCAAUCUUUUAGCGUGCAAGUCCAGUCCUUGGUUAUUACAUCAAAACAAAUUCUAGUUUUUGACAGGAUUCUAUACCAAGGGUUUGACAAGUAGCAUCUUACAUGAGUUUUGAGAGUAUUUACUUUUAUCCCUAAAUCAGCGGAGGUCAAAAAGGAAUAUUUUGUGAGACGGUAGGAUAAGUAGCUUUGAGUGAAUGAGAUUUACCACCAUGGUAAAUUUAGUGAGACUUACUGCCAUAGUAAAUGUAGUGAGACUUGCCGCCAUGGUAAAUAUAGUGAGACUUGCUGCCAUGGUAAAUGUAGUGAGACUUACUGCCAUGGUAAAUAUAGUGAGACGUACUGCCAUAAUUUUCUUGACCACUGGGACGUGAAUACGGUAUAUUAUGUUUAAUCCACUGGCAAGUUGUAGACACACCACAGAUUCUAAGUUACACUGACGAUGAGAUAAGUCUCUAUAAUGGAGGUGCAAUCAAGAUUUAUGAUGUUCAUUCAUUAUGAUAAAAUCUUUGACUGAACUGAUACGAUAGGGCUACUUACUGAUUUUGAUGAGAG